AUGAGUGCAUCCGCUUCGAACGCGCAGAACCCACCGAUCGCCGCUUCCUCGACCGCUACGCCCGCGAACAGCUCCUCGUCUGGACCGUCCGCCACCGUGGCCGCUGGUUCGGCUCAGCCCACUGCCCGUAGCUCGUACGCCAACGCGACCAAGAAGAUCUCAUCUCCUACGAUCGCGUCCAGCGGCGCGCCCGCGGCAGUGGGAGCCCCGCAGAGCGCACAGCAUGGCAAGAGCAGCUCCGUCUCCCCGGUGAACGGCAGCAGCAUCACGCCCGCCGUGCCCACCAUGCCCACCAUCGUGAGUGGCGGACCCAACGGCGACCACAGCCGCAAGUCCUCUGUUCACAUCAAACAGACGCCGCCGACCUCUGCCGCGCCCUCCAACAUCAAGUUCGGCUCGCUCGCCGGCUCGCCCGCGCCCGCGCCCGCCAUGCCCGUGGCUCAGAGCAGCAACCUGAACCCGCAGGCCCAGAACCCGCGCGUCGCCUCGCCUGCACACUCGCCCUCGCCUAUUCCCACGCCCGUCUCGGGUGGCCCCAAGCCAGACGGUUUGCCCACUCGCCCGAACCUGGUUUUUGGCGGACAGGGUAGUGAAAGCGCUGAUGGCUCUCGCCCCGUGAUGCCCGCCCAACCGAACGGUCCCCCUCACAUGCGCCGUGAGUCUUCCCAGUCGAGCAACCAAGGUUUCCAGCCCAACGGCGGACGUGGCCGCGGUUUCCAGCCGCAGCCCUACGGCCAGUCGCCUCAGCCAUACCGCGCUAUGCCUAUCCAGCAAGUGGGACGAGGAGGCAUGCCUCCCUCUUUCACUCCCCAGGGUCUGCAGAACUCUCCCUACCGCAACAACCGUCCUAGCCCCGCUAUGACGCCUGCUACUCUCCACCAGCAGCAGCACUUUGCCAAUCCUCCGGGACAACCCUUCUACCCCGGACAGCAGUACCCGCCACAAAACAUGUACGGCAUGCCUCCUCAAGGUCUCGACCCGUACAACAACUACUACGGCCAGCCAGCGUACGGACUUCAGCAGUCCAUCCACUACCCUGGUGUUCCUAACAGUCCCGGCCGUGGCCACGGCUUUCCCCAGCAGAUGCAAAACCCGUACUCGAUACCCGGCCCUUACGGCCAGCCUCCUCAGGGUCAGAGCAUGUCGCGCACUCCAUCGCAAAUGUCCGAGCGCCCUCCAUCUGCUGUACCCCAGCCUUCCACCCCUGCGAUGACCAACGUCAACCACCACGCCCACACUCCUAGUGUCACAUCCGCUAGCCCGGCACCAAGCUCGAGCGCUUUCGAGCGUCCGAAGAAGAAGAGCGCGGCUAUUAUCAUCAAGACUGCUGAUGGCGAGAUUGUCGACUUCAAUAAGUCCAAGGCCGCCCCCUCGCCUGCGUCUAACGCUGCGCCUGCAGCACCUGCUCAGUCCAAGAGCCCCGCGAUCGCCGCCACUCCUACACCUCCCCCUCGUGCGCCCAGUGCCUCAGACGCUACAAAGACUGAGGAAGCACCUGUCAAGUCUGCCAGCGAGAAGAAGGCCGACUUCGUCAAGCAGUUCCAGGAGAAGCUUCGUCUCCAAGAGGAAGCUGACAAGAAGGCUAAGGAUGAUGCUGAUAACGAGGCCAAGGCAGCCGUCGAAGCCGAGCAAAAGAAGAAGGACGAUGCCAAGGCAGCCGAGGAGAAGGCAGCUCAAGAGGCCAAGGCCAAAGAAGAGGCCGCCGCACAGGAGGCUCAAGAGGCCAAGGAGGCCGAAGAGAAGGCUGCAAAGGAGGCCAAGGACAAGGAGGAUGCCGCAGCAGCAGCUAAGUCCACCGAAGACGACGAGGCCGAGAAGAAGCGUAAGGAAGACGAGGAGUUCGACCGCAUGGUCGCCGAGAUGGAGGCUGAAGAGGCUCGUCGUGAAGAAGAGGAGAAGAAGUAUGCUGAGGAGAAGAAGCUCAAAAAGGCCGCGGAGGACGCCAAGGCCGGCGACAAGAUCAAGGCUCAAGAGGAGGCUCUCCGCAAGGCUGAAGCUGAAGCCGAAGCCGCUGAGAUCGCUCGCCAAAAUGAGACCCCAGAGCAGAAGGCUGAGCGUGAGGCCAAGGACAAGGAGAUGUUCGCUUCUCUGAAGAAGAACACUAUGUUCGGCCCUGGUGCUACCGGUGAGGAGCCCAGCGAAGACUCCGCACCUCCCGCAGCCGCUCCCGCCCCUGUGGCUAAGCCUGCUUCGGCCACCAAGCCCAAGCCUGCCGCGCUCAAGCUCGAAACCAACAAGCCUGUCGAGCCUGCUCAGCCCACUGCUGGUAUGGAGUCUCUCAAGACUGCUCGCUUUAUCCAGAUCCGUAACGAGGCUAUCAACUACCCUGAGGGUGUCCAAUCGCCCAACCCUGCAUUGAACCAGGGCUCCAAGAGCAAGGGCCGUCAGUACGACAAGGACUUCCUGCUCCAGUUCCAGGAAGUCUUCAAAGAGAAGCCCUCUGUUGAUUGGGACAUGAAGCUCAAGGAGACCGUCGGUGAUGGCACUGACAACGGCGGCCGCACUCCUUCCGUGCGUAGCGCCGCUGGCCGUGCUCCUUCGCAGAGAGGAAUUGGAGGUGGCAUGGGCAACUUCGGUCAAGGAGGAGCAUUCGGUGGUUCGCGCACACUUCCCCCCGGCACGACUUCGCAGCAGCGUUUCGAGCAAGCAUCCGGCCGUGGCGGCGGUACAAUGACCAAUCCUCUGGCACCUUUCGUACAAGGUGGCAGCCAGCGUGGCUUUCCUAUGGCCCCCGGCAUGUCUCGCUCGUCGUCGUUCCAACCUGGACCCAACUCUCCUCGUGUUGGUUCCCAGGGUGGUCGUGGUGAUCGCAGCCGCCGUGGUGGUGGAGGACAGAAGGGCCAUCAGGCGGAUGCUAAGACCAUGCCUCUUACUGCAGGCAAGGAUCUCAAGCCCCUAGAGCAGUCCCAGUCUGGAUGGAAGCCCCACGGCGCCGAGAAGGUCGUCGUCACUGGCCACAUGGCUCCUGAUAUGGUUCAACGCAAGGUCAAGGCUGCUCUGAACAAGAUGACACCCGAGAAGUUCGAUAAAAUCUCUGAUCAGAUCCUCGAAAUUGCUGCACAGUCCAAGGACGAGACCGACGGUCGCACUCUCCGACAGGUUAUUCAGCUUACCUUCGAGAAGGCUUGUGACGAAGCUCACUGGUCUUCCAUGUACGCCAAGUUCUGCUUCAAGAUGCUGAACACUAUGAGCCACGACAUCAAGGAUGAGAACGUUCGCGACAAGCAGGGUAACCCCGUCGUUGGUGGUGCCCUCUUCCGCAAGUACCUUCUGAACCGCUGUCAGGAAGAGUUCGAGCGCGGUUGGGAAGUCAACCUUCCUGAGGCGCCAGAGGAGGGUAAGGAGACUACCAUGCUGUCUGAUGAUUACUACAUCGCUGCUGCUGCCAAGCGUAAGGGUCUCGGUCUCAUUCAGUUCAUCGGUGAGCUUUACAAGCUGGGCAUGUUGACCCUUCGCAUCAUGCACGAGUGUGUCCUCAAGCUCCUCGACUUUGAGGGUCUGCCUGACGAGUCCGCCAUUGAGUCACUGGUGAAGCUUCUCCGCACUGUCGGUGCCACCAUGGAGUCGGCCGAUGCUGGACCGAAGAUGAUCAACAUGUACUUUGAACGUGUUGAGAAGGUCAUGAACAUGGAAGCCCUCAACUCCCGUCUGAAGUUCAUGUUGCUGGACACAAUCGACAUCCGCAAGUCCGGCUGGCAGUCCAAGGACAUCCUCAAGGGCCCCAAGACCAUUGCCGAGAUUCACCAGGAAGCCGUUGCUGCACAGCAAGCUGCCGAGAUGGAGCGUUCUCGCUCCCAGCGUGGCGGCGGUGGCGGCCGUCUCCCAAUGGGAGGCCGCGGCGACGCGCGCUCAUUCUCUGGUGGUGGUAUGAUGCCUCCUCCAGACAACAGCAGCCGUGUACAGAUGGACGACCUCCGCAAGCUGUCCAAGGGUGCAUCCGCCCGUGGUCUCAACAAUACUGGUUCGCUCGGCCCCUCGAUGCUGGGUAGCCGCAGCGGCAGCGGUCGUCGUGGCCUCGGUCCUGGUAUGAUGGGCCGUGGUGGUGAUGAUUCUGGUAACUCAUCCCGCACCGGCACACCCCCUGUAAAGGAGAAGUCAACUGCACACGCAAAUGCUUUCGAUGCGCUCGCUGCCCUUGAAGCCGAAGACAACGCCGGCGAUGUCAGCUCUCCUCUAGCAGCUGCCGCCGAGACGGAAUCCAAGCCGUCUGAGUGA